CUGAGGGUAGCUUUUGGUACUUUGGAAUUCUAUUUUCCAGUGUUUUAAUUGUACAAGAAACAGUCAGGAGGAAAUGAUUUCAGUAACUGACUCGUUCUUUGAAUUCAAAAGGGAAGUGUCAAAUCCUAAGGUCAAGCUGAGUUUUGAAUGGUUGCGUGAAAACUGCAGGUGCAAUAUUUGCUACAACAAUAUAACCAACCAACGUAACAUAAGAAUUAUUGACAUAGAUCCCAGUAUACAGCCGCUCAAUUUUUCUACUUGUGGAAAAGAAUUUGUUGUUAACUGGAGCGAUGGACAUAAAUCUGUGUAUGAUUUGGAGUGGAUUACAAGCCAGACCAAGGUGGAAAGUGGACCUCAAGAAGUACUGUGGUCCGGGGACGUGUCACGAGAGGUAGAACAUGUGACGGUCAAUGAGGUCAAGUCUCAACAUGGCAUUACUAGGCUGGUCAAGUCACUUCUGCAGUAUGGAGUUGGGUUUGUCACUGAUGUGGAGCCGAGCGUAGCUGCCACUGAGGAAGUGAUCCGCCAUGUUGGUCCUCCGCAGCACACCCUGUUUGGAGCAAUGUGGGAGUUCAGUGACCAGAUGGAUCAUCUGGACACGGCCUACACAAACCUAGCGUUAGACCCUCACACUGACACUUGCUACUUUAUAGAGCCUGCAGGAUUGAUAAUCUUCCAUUGUAUCAAAAGGAACUGUUCAGGAGGUCAAACACUUCUGGUGGAUGGGUUUAGAGCCGCAAGACAAGUUGAGGUUGAGCAUCCUCAACAUUACGAGUGUUUGAAGACUGUUCACACAGAAUACCAGUACAUAGAGAAGGGCUAUCACCUGUCACAAAUGUCCCCCGUCAUCAGCCAUUGGCCUGAAGGAAAGAUUAAACAAAUUAGAUACAAUCUGUAUGACCGAAGUGCCAGGCAGGUUCAGCCAAGUAGUGAGACAUCACAGUUCUACAAGUCCCUCCGCAGCCUCACCUCUGCAGUAGUGAACCCUACAGACCAGUGGAGACUCACUCUAGUGCCAGGGACUGUAGUCUUCAUCAACAACUGGAGAGUGCUGCAUGGCAGGUCAGCCUACACUGGGGCUCGCACUAUCACUGGCGCAUACAUCACUAUGGGCAACCUGCUUAGUCGGGCUAGGCUGUUGAGACUGCUACUGUGA